CUAAUGUUGUCGGAUAAAUAGUGAUUAAGAUACAAAAGUGGCACGUGACGAUUUAUUGGUCGGGCUGGUCAAUAUAUUGACAGACAUAAUAUGGAAGAUGACGAUUGUUUGGUAUGCUGGAAACGUUGCUUGUAAGGCUAUUCGAUAUUUUCAGGCAGUUAUCACAUAUUCAUCCACAUACGUCCUGGUUGCCUUGAGCUUAGAUAGAUACGAUGCAAUCAAGCAUCCCAUGAAAUUCUCAGGAAGUUGGCAGAAGGCCAGAUGGCUGAUCAUAUCUGCGUGGACAUUUAGUGCGAUAUUUUCUGUCCCCAUGCUCUUCUUUUAUGAAGAAAAAUACAUACAAGGUAAAUUGCAGUGUUGGAUUGAUUUCCCACACCUUUGGCAAUGGAAAUUGUACAUGAGCUUGGUAUCGACUGCCCUUUUUAUCAUACCAACAAUAAUAAUAGCCACGUGUUACACAAUAAUUGUUCACGUUAUAAGAUCAAAGACUAUAAUUCAGGUUUCGAAGAAAUAUGAAAUCCGAAUGGAUUGUGGUCGAUGGAAGAAAACUGUAAGUCGCGGACUUAUACCUAGGGCAAAGGUUAAAACGGUUAAAGUUACCGUUGUUAUAGUAAGCGUUUUCAUAAUUUGCUGGAGUCCCUUCAUAAUAUUCGACUUAUUGCAAGUUUACGGGUUCGUUCCGCAAACCCAACAAAAUAUUGCAAUAGCCACUUUCAUGCAAAGUUUGGCGCCAUUAAACUCCGCCGCCAACCCUAUAAUUUACUGCGUAUUCUCAACGAAUGUGUUCAAAAGUUUGUGCAAAUUUUUACAACGAUGUCGGCCGAUGUCUCGUAAAGAAUCGCCCAAUCCAACGAACACUCAGAGCAGCAGUUUGACGGAGUUUUUAACCAAAACAGACACCCAACAAAAGAGAAAAAAUACGUUGGUACAGUACAAAAAUAGACGGACUGAAGUACACUUAUAAAUGUGAUAUGUAUUAUAUGUAUUUAAUUUAAUAA